AUGUUGGCAACAUUUCCCAAGCAACAUACCAGCUACUCCAACGCCCGAGGCGCAAAGAUCACACCAUCUGCAAGCGGGCGACGGCGGCGGAACCUUGUCAACCCGGCCACAUACAAAGUAACUCGUUCCCCGUUGGCGGGCGGCACGCAAGGGACUGCCAACACUUUGCUUUCGUCAGCGUUCGCACGCAUCGGUGUGAAGCUGUGGUCCAGGGGGUCCAGAACCGGAGGGGACUGCAUAGUCGCCCAGGAUCUCAGCCUUUGCUUUGCCCUUGCGUCCGUUGGCCACGGCAUGUCACGUCGGGAAUGGUAA